AAAAAACAAACAAGAAAUAAACAAAAAAUAAAAUACGAGUAAGAAAUCGUAAAGAUAAUAUGGAUCGUCCUUAUUUCAUUGGAUCUAGGGUAUAAUAACACAAAACCAUCGAUUCGUCACCAAGAUGUCGCCGCACAGGACAAGAAAGAAUAAGAGCAAGCUGUAUCUUAGGACUACCGCGUUCGUCUCUUCUAGGGAUCAUACAUAUUUCCUCUGACUAGUGGUGGAGAUUGGCGGGCGAGCUUACUAACGGGUCCGGGGUAUGGUCGGACGUUCGGAAAGCGUAGCCGAAUGUUUUCAGGUAAAGGUAGUAUGAGUGGCGCGGUGUGGUACCGUGUUUCUCGAUGCCACGCUUCAAAGAGGGUGAGGUGAGGAUUGCUGCUUGGUGGGGUACACAUUCAUUGAUCCGUCCGUAUUACGGAAGCGAACAGUUCGAGAGCUUACGUAUCCUGAGGAGUGAAAAACGGUAAGAGAGAGAGAGAGAGAGAGAAAGAGAGAGAAGUGGGGGGAAAGAAAGAGAAAGAGAUUCAAACAUGAUGGCGUAGUAAAAGAGUUAGGUUGAUAUGAUGAUCUAUAUUUUUCAAAUCGAUUCCUUUUUGGUUCAGAAUAUUUGGUGUAAAUCAAUUAAGAGACAUAUCAAGUACGAUCGAUCAUUUACAUAACGCGUAGGGGCUGGUCAGCCGUGACGCAUCACCGUUUCAUUGACGUUCUCCAUUGAGAAGAUAUCGAUGCGUCGUAUCCUUCGAUUCUUGUUUCAUCUUCAGCAAGUAGAGUAGCUACAUAUUAUGUCUGGCCUGGUGGAAGAAGAAGAAGAAGUGAAACGAAUUUCGUCGGAUUGAGUAGUCGGUAAGAGAGAAAGAGAGAGAAAGAAAGCGAGUGUGUAUAUGUAUAAUACGUAAAAUGUAUACACGUGUGAAUAUGUAUGAGUGAGGUAGAUAGAGAAAUAGAUAAAGAAAAAAGCUUUGAGGAUUUGGAAAAGCUCGAGCAGAUCUCUCGGCGCAAGCAGGGUAGUGUCGGGUCUAAGAGAGGGGGUUGUUGCGAACGGUGCGGUUAUAAAAGGUGGAAUAGUGGGGGAAGAGAGAGGGGUAGCGCCACGAGAACUAGUUCUCACAGAGUCCGCUGCGCGAGUUUGGCGCGUGGCGAUGCAGUAACGUCCGUGUCGCUCGGUUCGUCUGUGCCGUGACAGUCCUCCCGGAGCGAGCUUUUCGUCGUCGCGAAAAACAAGUGGUGUGUAGAGAGCAAGAAAUAAAAAGAGAGAAAGAGAAAGAGAUAGACAGACAUAAAAAGAGAAGUGUAAGAAGCAAAUGAAUAGAAAGAGAAGGGAAAAGGAUAACAGCGACGAACGUUUUCUUUUCUGUGCGAAACUACGGUAGGAGUUGGUUGAGGAGGCGUAAAAGAAGAAUAGGAGAUAUAGAAGAAAACGGAGAGAUAGAGAGGUAGAGAUAGAUAUAGAGAAAGAGAGAAGGAGAGGGAUAUAAAGGUAGCGCGCGCGCGCGCUCGUGUAUGUGUCGGAUAGAACCGAGGAGUAGGAGAAAAGAAAAGGAGUCAAAGGGACAGCAUCGGUGCGUCGUCGUUUCUGAAGGAAACGUCAGUGUAGAGGAAAUAAAAAGUGUAUCGUAGGAGGGUGCGAGUGGUGGGGGAGGAGGCGAAGGAGAAGGAGGAAGAGGUGGAGGUGGUGGCGAAGAGAGGAGGUUCGACGGAGGAGACGGUCUGACGUAGGGCAGUGCGGCUAGAGCGGGCGAACCGCGCGUCCUACCCUUCGCUCCCACCACCCUUCGCCCUUGUCGUCCUCGGUGCGAUCCUCGGCGCGGCCAGCAGCAGCGGCACCACCACUACCUCCAUCGUUACAGUCCACUAAUACUACCACCAUCGUUACUACCACCAAUACUACCACCACCAUCAGCAAUACCACUACCACCAUCAGCAGCAGCGUUUUCGUCAUAAGCACGUAAUCAUCAGCACUACUAUUAGCAGCAGCACUAUUUUGUCAUCGGUACCACUAAGUCCUGUCACCGUCGCCGUCGUCAUCCUAUCGUCGUUGACGACGACGUCGAUGCCAGCGAGCUUCUUCUCUUCUUUGUCCUCAAGCUAAAAGAAAAGGGAUCAUCGUGCGCAGCAACGCGAUCAAUUCCGGCUGGUUGCGCCGCUCACGCGCGGCCGUUACGGUCUCAUCGCUAACAACGAGAAAGCAAGAAGAAAUGACGACGGCGAAGCUGCCGAAGCGGUACCGAUAACGGCAGGCCGAAUGAUGUUGUCGCAAAGCAAGUUCUACGCUCUCUUCAUUCACUACACGUUCGUGUAGCGCGACACGGGGCGGGUCCUUCUUGUCGCUGCGCUGAACAGAAGAAGAACGGAGGAGGUGAAGGAGUUGGAAGAGGAGGAAGAGGAGGACCUGGUGAAGAAGAAGGAGAAGAAGAGAAGGAGAAGAAGAAGGAGGAGAAGGAGGACGAAGUGUGUUGGAGAAAAGAGAGGAAGACAGUGAAACUAGAGCCAAAGUCGAUAAGAAUCGACCGACACGAAGAGCAGACUAUGUUAUUUCGGAUAACGGAUUGAUCGCACCCGUCGCUUCAUUCACACGUCGGACAUGAAAAAUCUUGGUUCGCGUUGGACGGUCCCUGACAUAGCACGCACUGCUGCAGCGCGUUCGUCAUUUCUCGUGGCCAUUUCGUCGGAACGAGAUUCAGGUAGUAUCAGCAGCAGCAGCAGCAGUAGCAGCAGCAGCAGCAGCAGCAACAGCAACAGCAACAGCACCAGCAUCAAUAACAGAAGAAGGAGCAGCAGAAGCAAUAUCAACAACAACAGUGUUAGCGAGAUAAGAAGGAAAACAUAUAACAAGAACAUCAGUAUCAGGGGAAGAAGAAGCAACGAGAUCAGAGGGAAAGCUCGCUGUAAGUGCGAGCUCGUGAUUGCCGGGAAAUCGGAGGUCGUCGAGGUGCUGCAAGGAGGUGCGUUUUUAUCCGUCCGAUCUAACGUAACGGCGUCGUUUAAUCUUAUCCACGGAACGAGGAGUUCCGACGUAUCGACGCCGAGGAAUCACCGGCCCUGGAAUCAAGACAAUUGUCAGCAGCACCAACAACUGGGUCUCUGUUUUUACUCUCCUACUUCUUCGUGGGACGAGCACACACGGCACUUCAGGAACUGUUAGCACCGAUCAAAAAGAAGGUGGCAGGAAGCUGUGCGCAGCCUAGACAAUGUCCGAAGAGUCUGACUCUAUAACAGAGGAAGAAAGAAGUUUGUUCCGUCCGUUCACGCGGGAGUCCCUGGCAGCGAUCGAGGCUCGCAUCGCCGAGGAACAUGCCAAGCAGAAGGAACUCGAGAAGAAGAGAGCGGAAGGAGAGGUACGAUAUGACGACGAGGAUGAGGAUGAGGGUCCUCAACCGGAUCCGGCGCUCGAACAAGGAGCACCGAUCCCGGUUCGAUUGCAUAACGUAUUUCCACCCGAGUUGGCCUCCACACCUCUCGAGGAUAUCGACACCUUCUAUCAAAAUCAAAGGACCUUCGUCGUCGUCAGCAAGGGAAAGGAUAUAUUUAGGUUCUCAGCGACCGACGCGAUGUGGAUCCUCGAUCCAUUCAACCCGAUACGACGCGUGGCUAUCUACAUUCUGGUUCACCCACUCUUCUCCCUCUUCAUCAUCACUACGAUAUUGGUUAACUGCAUACUCAUGAUCAUGCCCACAACGCCUACCAUCGAAUCCACCGAAGUGAUAUUUACGGGCAUCUACACAUUUGAGUCCGCUGUUAAGGUGAUGGCGAGGGGUUUCAUUCUGCAGCCUUUUACCUAUCUUAGAGAUGCAUGGAAUUGGCUCGACUUCGUAGUUAUAGCUUUAGCUUAUGUGACGAUGGGCAUAGAUCUAGGCAACCUUGCCGCUCUUAGGACAUUUCGAGUCCUCCGAGCCUUGAAGACUGUCGCUAUUGUACCAGGUCUGAAAACCAUUGUCGGCGCUGUGAUAGAGUCCGUGAAGAAUCUGCGCGAUGUGAUAAUCCUGACGAUGUUCUCCCUCUCCGUUUUUGCGCUGAUGGGCCUUCAAAUUUACAUGGGGGUCCUAACGCAAAAGUGUAUAAAGAACUUUCCAACGAACAGCUCCUGGGGUAAUCUCACCGACGAGAACUGGGAGAGAUUCGUUAGCAAUGAAACUAAUUGGUACGUAGACGAAGCUGGAAACAUGCCAUUGUGCGGGAAUUCGUCGGGAGCUGGGCAGUGCCUUCCUGGCUACACGUGCUUACAAGGAUACGGCGACAACCCGAACUACGGUUACACGAGCUUCGACAGCUUCGGCUGGGCUCUACUUUCUGCCUUUCGUCUUAUGACCCAAGACUAUUGGGAAAAUCUUUAUCAACUGGUACUACGAUCGGCCGGACCGUGGCACAUGCUCUUCUUCAUUGUCAUCAUCUUCCUCGGUUCUUUCUAUCUCGUCAACUUGAUCCUCGCUAUCGUAGCGAUGUCAUACGACGAGUUGCAAAAGAAGGCGGAAGAGGAGGAGGCUGCCGAAGAGGAAGCAAUAAGGGAAGUCGAAAAAGCCAUGAUGGUGAAGGAGAACAAAUUAGCGGCGCAGGCAGCCGCGAGAGAAGCAGCUGCGGCUGCCGCGGUAGCAGCUGAUCAGAUCGUCAAGUCACCGUCGGACUUCUCUUGUCAUAGUUAUGAACUCUUCGUUGGUCAGGAAAAGGGUAACGACGAUAACAACAAGGAGAAGAUCAGUAUACGAUCGAUCGAGUCUGUUAGCGAACAUAGGAUCAAGCAGAUCAACAACAACCACAGCGCUGCCAGUAAAGUGCGGAAAGUCAGCGCCGCCAGCCUUAGUCUGCCCGGCUCACCUUUCAAUCUUCGCCGGAGUAGUCGUGGGAGUCAUCAAUUCACGAUACGGAACGGUCGAGGUCGAUUCGUUGGUCCACCAGGUGGUGACAGGAAACCCCUUGUACUAUCGACCUAUUUGGAUGCCCAGGAACAUUUGCCUUAUGCCGACGACUCUAAUGCGGUUACACCGAUGUCCGAAGAAAAUGGGACUAUUGUAGUGCCAGUUUAUUAUGCGAAUCUUGGCUCGAGGCAUUCGUCCUACACGUCACACGCGUCGAGACUAUCUUAUACGUCGCAUGGUGAUCUUCUAGGUGGUAUAGCCAGUGCAAUCGGCAAACCAAUGACCAAGGAGAGUCGAUUGAGAAGUAGAUCGGUUAGGCCACCAUCGGUUAAUGGUCAUCUACCUGAUUGUAAUCAAAAAUAUCACUGCGAAAGCGACUUGGAAAGCGAUCCUAUGGGCAAAGCGAAGCAACAAGAUAAUCCGUUCAUCGAACCUUCUCAGCAACACGCCGUCGUCGAUAUGAAGGAUGUGAUGGUGCUCAACGAUAUUAUCGAGCAAGCAGCAGGACGUCAGAGCAGAACACCCGAGCAAGGAGACGACGAUGAGGAAGGGCCCACGUUAAAGGAGAAAAUAUUGGCCGGAGUCUUACGUUGCAUCGAUAUCUUCUGCGUUUGGGACUGCUGUUGGCUCUGGCUCGAGUUUCAGAAAUACGUAUCUCUUUUGGUAUUCGAUCCGUUCGUAGAACUCUUCAUUACUCUUUGUAUCGUUGUUAACACCCUCUUCAUGGCAUUGGAUCAUCACGAUAUGGACAAGGACAUGGAAAAAGUCCUUAAAUCCGGUAACUACUUCUUCACGGCUACAUUCGCCAUCGAAGCAACGUUAAAGCUGAUAGCUAUGAGCCCGAAGUAUUAUUUUCAAGAAGGUUGGAACAUCUUCGACUUCAUCAUCGUCGCCCUCUCAUUACUCGAAUUAGGUUUGGAAGGUGUUCAAGGUCUUUCGGUAUUGCGAUCCUUUCGAUUGCUGAGAGUGUUCAAGCUGGCAAAAUCAUGGCCCACAUUGAAUCUACUGAUAUCCAUCAUGGGUAGGACAGUUGGUGCCUUGGGUAACUUAACGUUCGUCUUAUGUAUCAUCAUCUUCAUAUUUGCGGUGAUGGGUAUGCAACUAUUCGGGAAGAAUUACACCGAUCACGUCGAUCGCUUCCCGGGUGGAGAUUUACCCAGAUGGAAUUUUACCGAUUUCAUGCAUUCCUUCAUGAUCGUCUUUCGUGUCCUGUGCGGAGAAUGGAUCGAAUCGAUGUGGGAUUGUAUGCUGGUCGGAGACGUCUCUUGCAUACCGUUCUUCCUCGCCACCGUCGUCAUCGGUAAUCUUGUCGUGCUGAAUCUCUUCUUGGCCCUGUUACUGAGCAACUUCGGUUCAUCUAAUUUAUCGGCGCCGACUGCAGACAACGACACGAACAAGAUCGCGGAAGCGAUCGAUCGGAUAGCACGUUUCGUUAAAUGGAUCAAGCGAAAUGUCCUUUACAUUGCUAAGUUGAUGCGAGCCAAAUUCACCAAUCAGAUAUCCGAUCAGGCGCCAGAUGGAAUUGAUCGAGAUGGGGACCUAGAUCUUGCAGAUAGCGAUUUGGAAGGUUAUAGAGAUAAGAAGAGUGCGAAGGAGUUGAAUCAACUCGAAGUAGCCAUUGGCGAUGGAAUGGAAUUUACUAUUCAUGGAGAUCUGAAGAACAAAUUGAAAAAGGGCAAGCUCUGUAUGAACAAUACCAAGGUGAUAGGGAAUUCGAUAAAUCAUCGAGACUAUAGAUUAGACAACGAUUAUAUUAAUCAGAACGAAGAGGACACGAUUAGUAAUAAAUCGUAUGGCAGUCAUAAGAAUCGACCGUUCAAGGACGAAAGUCAUAAAGGUAGUAUGGAUUCGUUGAAUGGUGAGGAAAAAAAGGAUGCCAGUAAGGAAGAUCUCGAGCAAGAUGAAGAUUUAGAAGAGGAAGGUGAUGAGGGUGACGGUAUAAUGGAGAGUGAGAUAAUACAUGCCGAUAAGGAUCCCAUAAAUUCCGAUUACCCAGCUGACUGUUGUCCAGAAAAUUGUUAUAAAAAAUUUCCAUUUUUGGCUGGCGACGAUGAUGCUCCAUUUUGGCAAGGUUGGACGAAUUUGAGGCUGAAGACCUUCCAACUGAUCGAAAAUAAAUAUUUCGAGAGUGCUGUUAUAACGAUGAUCCUAUUAAGUAGUUUAGCUCUCGCCUUGGAAGAUGUCCAUUUGCAGCAACGACCCAUCUUGCAAGAUAUUCUUUAUUACAUGGACAGAAUUUUCACUGUAAUUUUCUUUCUCGAAAUGUUGAUCAAAUGGCUGGCCCUUGGCUUCAAGAAAUAUUUCACGAAUGCUUGGUGCUGGCUCGAUUUCAUCAUUGUCAUGCUAUCACUGAUCAACUUGGGCGCGAUCUGGGCCGGCGCCGCCGACAUCCCGGCCUUCCGUUCGAUGAGAACACUGAGGGCCUUGAGGCCUUUACGAGCAGUCUCGCGAUGGGAGGGCAUGAAAGUGUCGCUCAUUAACUUCGUAGCGUCGCUCUGUGGCGCUGGCGGGAUCCAAGCCUUCAAAACAAUGAGGACCCUAAGGGCCCUAAGGCCACUCAGGGCGAUGUCUAGAAUGCAGGGGAUGCGGGUAGUCGUCAACGCUUUGGUACAAGCUAUUCCAUCCAUCUUUAACGUCUUGCUGGUCUGCCUUAUUUUUUGGCUGAUUUUCGCCAUAAUGGGCGUGCAGCUGUUCGCCGGCAAGUACUUCAAGUGUGUCGAUGCGAAUAAGUCUACGCUUAGCUACGAAAUCAUACCUGAUCGUAACGCUUGUCUAGCGGAAAAUUACACGUGGGAAAAUUCGCCAAUGAAUUUCGAUCACGUCGGUAAAGCUUACCUGUGCCUCUUCCAAGUGGCGACCUUCAAAGGGUGGAUACAGAUCAUGAACGACGCGAUCGAUUCGCGGGAGGUCGACAAGCAACCGAUACGCGAGACGAACAUCUACAUGUAUCUCUAUUUCGUAUUUUUCAUCAUAUUCGGAUCGUUUUUUACCCUUAAUCUAUUCAUUGGUGUGAUCAUCGACAAUUUCAACGAGCAAAAAAAGAAAGCUGGUGGUUCACUUGAGAUGUUCAUGACGGAGGAUCAGAAGAAAUAUUACAAUGCAAUGAAGAAGAUGGGCAGCAAGAAGCCGCUCAAGGCGAUUCCACGUCCAAUCUGGAGACCGCAAGCUAUAGUGUUCGAAAUAGUGACGGACAAAAUGUUCGAUAUGAUAAUCAUGUUGUUCAUCGGACUGAACAUGCUCACGAUGACAUUGGACCACUAUCAAAUGAGCGACACAUUCAGCAGCGUUCUGGACUAUCUCAAUAUGAUAUUCAUUGUGAUAUUCACCACCGAGUGUCUCAUGAAGAUUUUUGCCCUACGUUACCAUUAUUUCAAGGAGCCCUGGAACCUCUUUGAUUUAACUGUUGUUAUAUUAUCAAUAUUAGGUCUGGUACUCAGCGAUAUAAUCGAGAAAUACUUUGUAUCUCCGACCUUGCUUCGAGUUGUGAGAGUGGCGAAGGUCGGUCGUGUGCUACGUCUUGUGAAGGGUGCAAAGGGCAUCCGUACUUUAUUAUUCGCUCUCGCGAUGUCCUUGCCUGCUCUAUUCAACAUUUGCCUACUGCUGUUCCUCGUAAUGUUCAUCUUCGCUAUCUUUGGAAUGUCCUUCUUCAUGCACGUUAAGGACAAGAGCGGUCUGGAUGAUGUAUAUAACUUUAAGACAUUCGGGCAGUCGAUGAUUCUGCUAUUCCAGAUGUCAACGUCCGCCGGUUGGGACGGCGUUCUGGAUGGCAUAAUAAAUGAAGAGGAUUGUCAGGAGCCGAACAACGAGAUCGGUUAUCCAGGCAAUUGUGGUUCGUCGACGAUCGGCAUUGCCUAUCUCCUGUCGUACCUGGUGAUAAGUUUCUUGAUCGUGAUAAACAUGUACAUCGCAGUUAUCUUGGAGAAUUACUCUCAAGCAACGGAGGACGUACAGGAGGGUCUUACGGACGAUGAUUACGACAUGUAUUAUGAGAUUUGGCAACAAUUCGAUCCGAAGGGUACACAGUACAUUAGAUACGAUCAGCUUUCAGACUUCUUAGACGUUUUGGAGCCACCAUUGCAGAUACACAAGCCGAACAAGUAUAAGAUCGUGUCAAUGGAUAUACCGAUAUGUAAGGGUGACCUUAUGUUUUGUGUCGAUAUACUCGACGCCCUUACGAAAGACUUCUUCGCGCGUAAGGGCAAUCCGAUCGAAGAAACCGGCGAAUUGGGCGAAGUUCAAACUCGUCCAGGUGAGACCGGUUACGAGCCGGUUUCGUCUACUCUUUGGCGUCAACGCGAGGAAUAUUGCGCGCGGCUUAUCCAGAAUGCCUGGAGAAAGCACAAACAGCAACGUCUCGGUGGACCGAGCGAGGAAAGCGACGAUCCAGAUACGGAUCCGCGUGUACGACAGACCGCUGUCCUCGUCGAGAGCGAUGGGUUCGUCACGAAGAAUGGCCAUCGCGUUGUCAUUCAUAGUCGAUCGCCAAGCGUCACAUCGAGAACAGCCGACGUCUGAUCAUUGUCGUCGAGAAACUCGCCGAAAUCCUAUGAAAUUAUCAACCGAGCUGCUCCUCGCUAGCAACAACGCAAUUGUCGCCAUUGCCGUCGCCAUCGCCAUCGCCGUCGCCGUCGCCGUCGCCGUCGCCGUCGCCGUCGCCGUCGCCGUCGCCGUCGCCGUCGUCGUUAACGUCGUCGUCAUUCCUGCCAUCGUCAUUAAUCCUGCCAUUGUCAUCGCAAAAACUAAAAAAAGAAGAAGAAGAAGAAAAGGAAUAAGUCGAAGCAACGUUACGAACAACACUAUCCUCCUCUUUGUCGUCGUCGUCGUCGUCGUCGUCGUCGUCGUCGUCGUCGUCGUCGUCGUCGUCGUCGUUAUCGUUGUCGUUAUCGAAAGCCUGCGAUGAUCGAUCUCGCGCUUACCAUCCAAAAAAGACACUCCUAAUACGCGAUUGUACAUUAACCAUUCCUUCUCCAACGAGUUGCCUUCAAUCGACCUUAAAGCGAAGCGACGAAGAGGAAGAAGAAGAAUAAGAAAAUGAAGAAGAAAACAAAGAAAAGAAGGAGAGGACGAGACGAGUCGGACUUCGGGGCCCGCUUCCCCCGACAAAAAUCGUGGCACGGGGCCCGGCUCGAGCUACCAACCCCCUUCUUCUAUAUAUAUAUAUAUAUAUAUAUAUAUAUAUGUAUGUAUAUAUAUAUUUAAAUAUAUAUAUAAAUAUACAUAUAUAUGUGUGCGUGUAUGUGUAUGUGUGUGUGUGUGUGCGUGUGUGUGCGUUAGUCAUGUGACCGAGGACGAUGAUCGAUGGCAAGAUGGCGCGCGGCCCACGUGCCUCGAGUCGAGGACGACCCACGCGUCGUAUAUAUAUCGUAUAUAUAUAUAUAUAUAUAUAUAUAUAUAUAUAAACACACACAUAUAUAUAUUCAUCUAUAUAUAUAUAUAUAUAUUCAUCUAUAUAUAUAUAUAUUCAUAUAUAUAUAUAUACACACACCACUAGCUCGAUUUCCGCGAUUACUACCUGCCGUUUGGAUUUUUUACAACGUUUUACAGGAGGUCGGCCAGCAGCUCGAACGUGGAAUGAGACCGUGCUGCCAGAAAAGCGCGCGGCGACGACGACGUGAUUGGACGAAGAGGACGAAUAGAAGGAGAGAAAGAGAAAAGAGAGAGAGAAAGAGAGAGAGAGAGAGAGAAAAAGAGAGAGAGAGAGAGAGAAGGAGAGAAAGAGGAAUGAAAAAAAUAAGAUGGCUGCAAGAAAAAGAAGUGGAGUCGCGUGUAACUAACGAUCCAGCCUUCUCCGUUUUCUACGAUCGUAAUCUACAUGGCUGCUUUGCGCGCUCGCAAAACUCGCAACCAUUUUAUUCUGUACGUCACUCUUCUACAUCAUCCCAUCGUCAUCGUCAUCAUCCUCGUUGCCUACGCUCGUCCUUUCCUUUUUUUUCCUCUUCUCUGCCUUUCUCUUUGCGUCGCUUAUUGUGACGACACACAUUCUAGAUAUAUUAAUCACAUGAAAAUAUACAUGUAACAGGGAUCGUAAUAUGUCCGAGAACAAAUAUCAGCAUCAUCGGUGUGUCACUGAUUUUAUUAACAUAUAUGGUAACUAUGAAACAAAUUAUGUCGCUUAAUGUAAUCAUUACUUUUCGGAUUCUUUUCGAGAAGAUAUAAAUAGAUAUAUUUGAUUAGUUACUAUAUAUAUUCAAAAAAAAAUGAAAAAAA